AUGGCUUCAUCAAGGGACUUUGAUCACGCUGACUGCUUCGACAACUCCGGCCCAGUGCAUAUGAUGGCGAAGAACGGCGCCGGUUCUCCUCGAACGGUGCUUGACUGGGGCAAGGAGGAGCACCGCCGUUGCGUCGCUGCCUGCCUUGUCAAAGGUGUCUACAUCAUAGAGAAUGACAGUACUAGGCGCAGGGUGCACACCAAUGCGCUUGCGCCACCGUGGUGGGAGAACUUCGGGUUUAACCUCCUCGAUGUUAUUCGAGAUGACUCCGAUCAUGAUGACCAAUUCAUUAUUGGCGCAAUAUACGAGCAUGUGCCACCUCUUGGCGAGCCCGCUCAUCCUCUGUCUCCUCACUAUGUGGUCGCCUUUCGUGGCACCAUGAUGUCACACCCCAAGGCGCUCAUUGAUCUGUACCUCGACGCCAAGAUCAUGGUGAACACCCUCAAAGAGUCCAAGCGAUCCCGCCUAGCAAACACCGCGGUUAAAAAGCUUGUUGCUACCAUAGACAAGGGCAUGGGAGGCGCCUGUGGCCAUGGCACUGCAGGUAGCUGCAUUGUUUGGCUCGCGGGACACUCGCUUGGUGCUUCCCUUGCGCUGGAUGUGGGGCGUGCCAUGAUGGUGGAGCAAGGCUACAACCUCCCGACCUUCCUCUUCAAUCCGCCACAAGUGUCACCGACUCCAGCGAUCGAUGUGCUGCUACCGAUAGAGAAGGCACAAAAGGCAAAGAGGGACAUAUAUGCCGUGAGCUAUUUCGUGAAGGCAGGGUUGGGCAAGGUCUUGAAUCCCCACAAGGAGCGCAUGGAGAACCUCUUCAAGCGGCUAUCACCAUGGGCACCGGAACUAUACGUGCACGAGAGGGAUGUCAUUUGCAAGGGUUACAUCGACUACUUCGAGCAACGGCAGCAGGUGCAGGAGCGCUUCCGUGCAGUCGCUACGUCAGCAAUGACGUUGUCGUACCGCGACAUGUUCUUUUCCAUGUUCGGAAUGGAGAAGGAGCAACCGCACCUUCUACCAUCGGCGAGGCUGUGGAAGAGCACUAGCAAGGACGAGGACGCACACGCUCUGCAGCAAUGGUGGAAGCCGAUGGGUGAGCAAGCAAUGGUGGAAGCCGAUGGGUGAGCAGAGUCUGAGUGUUAGGCGGUAUAGCUAUCCUUUGUGAAAUUAGGUAUUAUGCGUAAAAUUUAGCGAAAUAAAACAUACUAAGGGAGGCAUCAUUGACUUAUUUAUAAUUUUUUUCAGAGAUAUAAUAAUUUAAAUUUUUAAAUUUAUAAAUAUGGAGUUGUAUCAUAUCAUACUCAAUUUAACAUUCUGUUAAUCUGACUUUGAAAUUUGAAAUUAAUAAUUAGUGAGUUACGUACAUUAAGGAAAUGGUUGAAACUCCUCUAAUGUCAUUUUUUCCGCAUACAAGAAAAAUUUAGGAAAAAGUUUGAAUUACCUCCUGAACUAUCGCGGCCGACCGAAUUACCCCCUAAAGCACAAAACCGGACAUUUAGUUUAAACCCUGAACUAUUUAGAUCUGAUGGAUAACCCCCCUAGCACAAUCCGGAGCGGAUUUAGUCCAUGUGGCCGCACACGUGGCACCGGCCCCACAUGUCAGCCUCCACCUCAUCAUCCCUCCUAUAUGAAGCUAGUGGGCCCCACAUGUAAGCUGCUCUCUCCUCAUCCUUUGUCUACAAGCUACAGCUAGAUAUACUUGCACCGCCACCAGGCACCUGUUGCAUCUCCCGUGGUCCUGCCGCUGGCCACCGUAUUAGCUGCUGCCCUAGAAAUCCUCAGCCGUUGCCCAAAACGCCUCCGCCACCAGCCACCGCCACAACAACACCAUCGUCGAAGGGCGCUCGACCGCUCCCUUCCUCCCCUCCCCCUCCUUAUCGCCGAGCAAGCUGGAUCCAUCCCUCUUCCACUGCCGCCGUCGCCUCUUUCCACUGUGAUGUGGCCGAUUUGUUGGGAAGAGCGCGGCAAGCUUGGCGUCCAUAGCGACGGUGGCAUAAGCGUAGCUAGAGAACGUCAGCAGGAGAAGAUGGACAUCACAGAGCCCAUCCACUUCCGCCCUGCCUCAUCCGCUAUCAAGAGCCCGUCCUCCACCAGGCACCUGCAUCGUCGCCCGUGGUCCUGCCGUCGACCGUCGCACUAGCUGCCACCCCGGAAAUCCUCCGCCACUGCCCAGAACGCCUCCGCCACCAGCCAACUUCCCCAUUCCUAGCCUUGUCCCUGGCUGGCCGCUGCCCUCAUCUGGAACCCUGCCUCCUCCAGCCGAUCAUCGCCGCCGUUGCCCCCAACAAACCGCUGGAGAGGGAGGGAGAGAGAGGGGAGAGGAAAGAGGGAGAGAGGAGAAAAGAGAUGACAAGUGGACCCUACAAAUUCA